GAAGUCAAAAGCUGGAGAAAAGAGAAAGUAUAGAUGAUUAAUAAGUCCAAGAGAUCUCCAAGAAUCAAGACAAUCCUCUUCAAACUCACUCGUCGUUCAUUCGUUUACGGGAUCUACUUCAUCUCUAUCUGCAUUCAUAGCUACGUUACAAUCCCAACAUGUCGACGCCCAAGACCCACCACGUCGGAAUCGUCAUGAAUGGCGUUACCGGGCGCAUGGGUACGAACCAGCACUUGAUCCGUUCCAUCUGCGCCAUAAGAAAGCAAGGAGGCGUCAAGACCGCAAAGGGCGAUAUCAUCAUCCCCAAUCCAAUUCUCGUCGGGCGCAACGCCAACAAGUUGGAAGAGCUGGCCAAAGCACAAGGCAUUGAGAAUUGGACCACGGAUCUGGAUGCCGCAUUGGAUGAUCCAGCCAACACCAUCUACUUUGAUGCCCAAACAACGGGCCGACGGUGCGAUGCUGUCAAGAAGGCCAUCAAGAAAGGCAUGCAUGUGUAUUGUGAGAAGCCAACCGCUGUCAAUUCAGCCGCCGCUCUGGACUUGUACAACACUGCCAAAGCCGCCGGUGUGAAAAAUGGAGUCGUCCAAGACAAACUCUGGCUUCCCGGUCUUGUCAGGUUGCAGUCGUUGAUAGACACCGGAUUCUUUGGAGAGAUCCUUUCGGUGCGCGGCGAGUUCGGGUACUGGGUAUUUGACGGCAAGGGCCCGGUUGUCCCGCAACGCCCAAGCUGGAACUACAAGAAAGAGGAGGAUGGUGGCAUCAUCUCCGACAUGCUCUGCCAUUGGCAAUACGUCAUUCAGAACUUGUUUGGGGAUAUCAAGUCGCUUACCUGUCUCGGAGCUACGCAUGUCAAGGAGCGGGUUGAUGAGAAUGGAAACGUCUACAAGUGCACGGCCGACGAUUCUGCAUAUGCUACUUUUGAAUUGACGAACGGGGUGGUCGUGCACUUCAAUUCGUCGUGGACGACUCGUGUUCACCGUGAUGAAUUGUUGACGAUUCAAGUCGAUGGAACCAAGGGCAGUGCCGUUGCUGGCUUGAGAGAUUGCACUACACAACACGAAAGUCAAACACCCAGGCCGACAUGGAAUCCCGAUAUCGAAUCUCCGAUCAAGUUCCUUGAUGGCUGGUCCAAGACCCCAGACUGGCAGAUUUUCGACAACGCUUUCAAGGUUCAAUGGGAGCUUUUCCUCAAGCAUGUCGUUGCAGACGAGCCUUUCGUGUGGACCCUUCUUGAGGGCGCGAAAGGUGUUCAGUUGACCGAGCUUGCUGAACAGAGUUGGCAAAAGAGAGCUUGGGUAGAUGUUAAGCCUUUAGUAUAG